AUGUGCCACAAAUUCUCAUUCACUCUCGAUCAAGGGCAAAAUGCUGAAGUCACAAGGUUGGCUGCUUGGCAGGCGCGGGAAAAGAUUUUUAAGCUCUUCAAUCAACGGGGGCCAGAUGGUACGCCCAAACACAAGUGGCCGGAAUAUGUUGAAGGCAUCUUGUCUCCGGAGCAAAUCCAAGAGGUGGAAACGCAAGAUGCCUUCUUUAGGUGGGAGUCGCGGAGAGAGAAACUGGUGAACCAAAUCGUGGACUUGGACCCCGACGUCGUGUCGCUGGUUGAGUUGGAUGAUCAUGCCUUUUUCGGGCAGAGCCUCGAGGGCGAGUGGGACCCGGAUUUCGACUCAGUGUUCCGCAAGCGCCCGCGUGCCAACAGCGCGGACGGCUGCGGGAUCUUCUGGCGGCGUAGUAAGUUCGAGCUGGUGGCCAGUGAGGGAUUCGACAUGAUCGACGGCAAUGAUGAUAAAGGACGCGAGAAAAGAGACAGAAGCUGCCUCAUGGUCUUGUUGAAGUGGAAGACAGCGGGAAACAACGUGGCGCCACUGGUGGUGGUCUCCACACACUUGGCCAAGGACCGCGAUGAUGCGGCGGUGAUGCAAAGCUCUCCUUGGAAUGAGCAGGUCUUGCAGAUGCUUGAAGAUCUUACCAGCCUUGUGGACUUCAAGAUUCUUCGCAAGAGGCCAAUUCGUCGUGGCAAUGUGCCGAGCGCAAGAUGA